UUGUCGGCUGAUGCCGCAGCCACCUAACGGAAGUGAACCGAGAUUAGGACAAAAAAAAGCAACAUUGUCGGCCAGAGAUGUCGUAGAUCUAUUUCCGAACACGUCGUCGGGGGCAAAGUGGACGGCAGGUCGUUGGCUGACGAAAAAUGGCGAAAAUUCGCGCAGUGUGAGAGUGAUCGUCCGUCGUCGAUUGACGGUUGUGUCGUACCGAAGUGGCGGAUGAGACGCGGAGGAAAAAAGGACAGUCAAGAAAUUCGCAAUAAUGGGCCGUCGCGACGACGCGUCGCGCGACCGUGAACACGACUGACUGUCACGCUUCGCGCUCGCUCGGAAGGACCAAAAAAAGUGAUUCCGCGGCUCGGUGGUUGCGAAACGUCACGCGGAGUCGCGUUGUGACCUGCAACGGACUCUCUAUCAGCUAUUCAUCCAUCCAUCCGUCCAUUCGUUCGUUCAUUCGUUCGUUCGUAAAACUCACGUUACAAAUUUUCAAUGAGUGACGUAUGACAAGGACGACGAUAAGACUACGGAUAAUGCUUGUUCAUCUACGGGAUCGUUUAGCUCGACAGUAUCAGUACGCCUGACGUCGCAUUUGAACGUCGUAUUCGUCGUCCUCCGCGUGAACCUUGAACGUAUUCGCGAGAUUAUAUAUAUAUAUAUACACACACACACAUACACACACACACACACGCACUUUAUAUGCAGUUAUGUGUUAUCUGACGUUCGGCUUGCUGACGAACGUUGAACGUGGUGGAUUACUGUUGAGUCGCGCUUGGCAGAUCGAGCGAAGGGACGGUGUGGAAGGUGCUCCGACAGUCGGACCGACGUACGGUCAGAAAUGCGCACUCGGUGCUUUUUAACGUCUCUGGAAGCGUUAUCCGUUUAACUGGCUGUGAAAAGUGCAACGUAACUGUAUCAAGCCCAAAGAAUAUAUAGAUAUAUACAUACACAAAACACUGGUCAAAAUGGAUCAAGAAACGGUCUACGGCACACAUGAAGAUAGCCAUGUUGUCAUGUCAGAGAAGGUGCAGUCUCUGGCAGGCAGCAUUUAUCAAGAGUUCGAAAAGAUGAUAGCCAGAUACGAUGAGGAUGUAGUGAAAGACUUAAUGCCACUGCUAGUCAAUGUGUUAGAAUGUCUGGAUAUAUCUUAUACUGAGAAUCAGGAACGUGAAGUCGAACUAGAGCUACUAAGGGAAGAUAAUGAACAACUUGUCACACAAUAUGAAAGAGAAAAGCAAUUAAGAAAAGCAUCAGAUCAGAAACUCCUCGAACUGGAAGAUGUCUCCGAAGAUGAGAGAAAAGAGCUUCUGUCAAAAAUUGAUAGUUUGGAAUCUAUUGUAAGAAUGCUGGAACUCAAGACCAAGAACUCACAUGAUCAUGUUGGUCGUCUUGAAGAGAAGGAAGCGGAACUGAAACGCGAAUAUUCCCGGUUGCACGAUCGAUACACGGAACUAUUUAAGACUCAUGUCGAUUAUAUGGAGAGGACUAAAAUGUUGGUUGGCAGCACAGAAAGAUUGGAAAGUGUGUCCGCUAGCCGUGCACCAUCCAGGUUACCUUCUCUUGGGCUUGCUCAUAUGUCGCGUAGCUCUGGGCCGUUAAGUUAUGGCUUCCAGAGUUUGGAAGCUAGUAUAAAUGCUGAAGAUGUUCACGAGGAUAUCGUACCAAAUGCCGCUAAUUUAAGAACAGAAAUGUUAGAUAGUAGCAGUGAAGCUGCUAUCGAAACCUCCGACAAAAGCCAACUAACUGAUCAACCAAUGCAAGAAAACAAAACUACAGCUAUAUCCAGACACGAGAGCCCGGAAACAGAAGUGCCGCCAACUCUAAUUACACCAACAACACCUACUGUGGAGAAGUUUGCUACUACUCCUAGCGGCAGAAGCAGAACCGAAAGAGAACAACGAAGCGGCAACACGUUAUAUCAAGAAUUAAGCUUCCAAGAUGCCGAUGCGCUCGGCGAGAUGGACGAGGGAGCUGAUAUUACCGGAAGUUUAGUUCAUCCUGGCGAAUACGCUUCAUCAGUCAAUGACAACUUCUUCGGUAUGGGGAAGGAAGUAGAAAAUCUCAUUAUGGAAAACAAUGAACUGCUAGCCACCAAAAAUGCGCUUAAUGUUGUGAAGGAUGAUCUGAUUGUUAAGGUGGAUGAAUUAACGAGUGAACAAGAGAUAUUGCGCGAAGAGGUUCGAGGUUUACAACAGGCACGAGAUCGAUUACGGCAACGUGUCGCCGCGCUCGAGGAGGAACUGAAGAAGACCAAGGAGGAGGCGGAAUCUGCGGCUAAAGCGACAAAGAGUGAUGACGAGGAGGACGUGCCGUUGUCUCAGAGGAAACGGUUUACGCGGGUGGAGAUGGCGAGGGUGCUCAUGGAACGUAAUCAAUACAAGGAAAGAUUUAUGGAACUUCAAGAGGCCGUCAGAUGGACGGAGAUGAUACGAGCCAGCAAGACCGACCCUUCCAGCAUCUCGGGAGGGAAAGGUUCAGUGUGGAAGUUUUUUAGUAAUCUCUUUACGGGACCGGCCGAUCGAGGGACUUUGGUACGUUCCACGCACACGUUACCGCAUGUACGUUAUAGUGCCCCGGCUAACCAGGUCGUACCAGCGCCGCCUUUGGACGCCAUGCGUAGACGUACGUUGAAAAGUCGCCAAGACUUUCUCGACCAAGGAGACACCAUAUCGUCCGAAAAACUCGUAGCGAGACGUGCGAGCGAACGAAGAGAACAGUAUCGCCAGGUACGAGCGCACGUCAGGAAGGAGGAUGGUCGUCUUCAGGCGUACGGAUGGAGUUUACCGGGGAAGCCUAGCGCACCUGUCAGACAGCCUGUCCCGGUGCCGGUGUAUUGCCGACCGCUGCAAGAAACCGAGCCUGGUAUGAAGAUCGAAACGUUAUCGGCGCAGAUUUGGUGCGGUGCCGGUGUCAACCUGGGCGGCGGUAAGACACGCGACGGCGGUUGCAUGAUCGGCGGAAGCGUAUUUUACGCCGCAGAGGCGCGAGAAACGAGCAACACGAAGACGGACGCAGAAGAUGCGGUUGAGCAUUUGGACAAAGAGCUCCAGGAGAACGAGAACCGGCGACUUGAGGCGGAACGAUGGGAUCAGCAACUCAGUUCGCUUGUCUGGAUCUGCACUUCGACGCAGAAAAUGUCGAAGGUCACUGUGAUAGACGCAAAUAAUCCGGCGGACAUUCUAGAGGUGUUCAAUGUUUGUCAGGGACACUUGCUUUGCAUCGCCAGCGUACCCGGUGCCAAAGAGAGCGAUUACAUUCAGUCCUCGAAUGAAAAUUCGAUUCGUACGACAAACGGGACUAACGACAGUGAGAACAACAACGGCGUCAGCGAGGACGUUACGAAUGCGAACGAGAGUAACGAGCAGAACGAUCAGAAAAAUCAUCAGGACGGUGAAGCUGACAAGAGCAAGAGCGAAUCCGACAAUCCGUCUGAUGAUCAGGCGAACGAGAAUACCGAGAAAACCGUCAUGACAGAUCAGAAUUCAACAAACGAACCCCAGAGUCUGGAAAGUAUAGAUAGCGAAAUGGCAAACCUGGGAAAGGUUCACUUUGUACGGUACAACGCGGAAGUGUUUCCGUCACGGUUGAACGGCAAAGAUACCGUGAACGAAGAGGCGAAGGAGGAAGAGGUCGUCGAAGAAACGCCAAUCGAAAAAAUGUCGUCUAUACAACCGACCAUGUGGUUGGGUGCUCAAAACGGCGCGGUUUUCGUUCAUUCAGCCGUGGCCAAAUGGUCGGUGUGCUUGCAUUCCGUUAAGCUAAGAGAUGCAGCGUUAGCCAUUGUACACGUGCAAGGUCGAGUACUAGUCGCUUUGGCGGAUGGCACUGUAACGAUAUUUCGCAGAGGCGCGGAUGGACAGUGGGAUUUGUCCCAAUAUCAUGUGAUUACACUCGGUAGCCCUCAACAUUCCAUCAGGUGCAUGACCGCGGUCAGCGGAAAAACCGUGUGGUGCGGAUACAGAAACAAGAUUCACGUGAUCGAUCCUAUUUCUAUGACGCUCGAGUGCACAGUUGAUGCACAUCCUCGCAGAGAAUCUCAAGUGCGGCAGCUGGCCUGGUUGGGCGAGGGUGUGUGGGUCAGCAUCAGACUUGACUCUACGUUAAGGCUCUAUCACGCUCAUACUUAUCAACAUCUGCAAGACGUCGAUAUAGAGCCGUACGUCAGCAAGAUGCUCGGUACGGGCAAGCUCGGAUUCUCCUUCGUGCGCAUUACCGCUUUAUUAAUUUCCUCAAACAGGCUGUGGAUCGGUACCGGUAACGGAGUGAUAAUUUCAGUACCGUUGUCAGAAAGUGCAGGUGGUUCAAUGGCGGUGUCCAGAGUGCAAGCAGCAGGUAACAAAGGCGACGCGCCGGGCGUUGGUGUCAGGAUCUUCGCGUCGGAUCGCGGCGUCACGCCGGGAAGCUUUAUACCUUACUGCAGCAUGGCUCACGCCCAACUCAGCUUUCAUGGACACAGAGACGCUGUGAAAAUGUUUGUUGCUGUACCUGGUCAUGGUGGUCAGAGCGCGAUAACGGACGGAACACAGCCGGCAAUGCUUGUUCUCUCCGGUGGUGAGGGUUAUAUUGACUUCAGAGUCGGUGACGGAGAUGAAACAGAAGAGGGUAUGGAUCGGUCGAACGCCGCCGUCAACAAUUCGGAGGAACACGGUGAGCAGAGUCAUCUGAUUGUGUGGCAGGUGCAGUGUCCAUUACCAAUGCCAAUGAAUGGCUAGCCUACGGACGGAGAUAUCGAGCGCGAAUUGGCGAACGAUUUAGCUUGCGACACAACGUUGUCGAUGGACGAUCAUUGGAUCGUGAAUUGCGGUUUGUUGGACGCGAUUAUACCGGGGCGAGCGGUCUUCGUCGCCGCAAACUAAUGUGCUAAUUAUCUAUCUAUUUAGAUUGUGUAACAAUCGUAGCAGAAUACGUUAACAAAUUUCAAAGCAACUAGUGCGAUUUCGCGUUAGCGGAGCAAAACGGCACCAACGAAAGGUCGAGUCAUUUUCUUUCGUAGUUUCACGAGCGAUCGUGUUGUCCUGUCUUGCAACAGAAGCGCGUCGGAAGAUUCUCGAGUCUCUCCACGUUGCGACUAGAAUCUCAAUUCUUCAAUGCCGACAACUUCUCGCUUCUCUCGCGUCAAGCCGCAUCCCAACCCUUAGGCUUUUGCGUACGAAUCGAGUGCGACGAUAGGAUCGAAUUAUCUCACACGCCAAGAUUUUUCCUGUGCCGAUAUUGGUCAGACGAGUGUUCAUUUCGGAAUAUCGCGCUCCACGGACAGAAAUGCUGGUAAGUCCGUCGACCGUAAUUUCCGGCAAUCAUUGUGAUAAUACGACGAAGAUGUUAACACACGAGGCGAUGAGUUUUGACGAGCUGCUGCCGUGACACACACAUCACCGUAACAAGGAUUCAUUUGUUCGAAGUACCUCGCGUAUGUACCUGUCGUUCGCGAUCUCCCGCAAUCGCCGUUCAUAUAUGCGGUACGCGCGGAAGAUGUAAUAAGGUGCGUGCGACUCAGGCAAACUUCUAGGCGUAAUAUAACAUUAUUUUACGUCGGGAAGUAUAUUAUUUUCCUGACCUAACCGAUUUUAUUCGCGUACAACGUAUGGAGCAAAAUGGUAAUAACAAUAAUAAUAUAUAAUAAUAAUUAAAUAUAAUAUAUACUCCGUUUCUCUCCUUGAUUAAAUAUCAAUGAUGUAAAUAAUAAUAUGUUUAUAUAUAGCGCCGUGUGUAUGUGUAGAUCCGUGAUACAAGUUCUCUUUAUGUCAGCUGCGUGAGCUGAUCGUUUUACGUACGCCAAGCAACAAAUUCUGUACAAAUUCUGUACGGGAAGGUAGAAAAAUACUUGACAUAUGCUGCUUAGUGUAAUGCAAAAAUUUGAUCGAGUUGGCAAAAAUCAGCUGCACGUGAUACAUGCGAUGCUAGCAAUUGUUAACUUAAAUACAGCGGAAAUCAGCGACACUGCUUUUUUUCCUGUAUUCUUGUCGGCAGCAGCUGCAGCCACAGCAGCAAGACAGCAGUAUUAUAAGUAAUUGUAUAAAUAACUGUAACGUUUAUUAGUUAAAUUAUUAAUAUUCGUUUCACCUUUUACUUCUUGAUCAAGUUAGAUCGUGCUCGGCGAAACGUAGCGUCUUUCCGCGGCUCGUGUGAUCGUUAGAAGCGACAGAACCGACGAUGUACAUAAUAAUAAUAUAGCGCCGUAUGUGUGUAGAUCUAUAAUUGAAUUUAUUCUUCGUGUCGGUUGUAACGAAAGAACAAAGUCAUUUUACACAUGCGCGUAAACCAGUGUCCUCUCAGUUUUUGCGACCUUAACAUCGCCCACAGUGCUACCAAAGAGAUGAAAUUGUAAUAAUUCGAUUAUAUUGUUUGUAUAAAUUGCGUCGGAAACUCUGUUUCGUAUUUCUGAAUGACCUCGCGCAUAAGUCGACGUAGAACGUUUGCAUUUUUCGGUGGUCGACAGUACCACUGAUAAUAUCGAUCCGUGGUGAUACAAAUUUUGUAAAGUUCCCACGUUGAAAGAAACGCGCGACGCGGCACGACGGUUUAGGAUACGAUAGAAGAGCUGCGCAAUUAUCGUGCUGAGCUGGCUUUCGAUGUCGAGCUCGGAACUGUACCUGGCUCGGGUGGCGUUGUAACGGCAUUAAUAAACGAAAUUGCGGAAACAGA